AUGGAAGAGCAGGGCCCCAAGAAAGAACGCCGGCACGAUGACGAAAACGCCGAAGAACAGGACAAGAGAACAAAAGUUGAGAACAAGACUGACUGCGACCGAUACACCAUAGGAUGGGUCUGUGCUCUUCCAAAAGAGCAGACGGCUGCGAGAGCGAUGCUGGAUGAAGAGUAUCGGGAUGUUCACAUUCGUAAGGCAACCAACGACACCAACACGUACACCCUAGGCUCAAUCGGCAGACACAACAUCGUCAUAGCAUGCCUUCCCAAAGGUCAGCUAAGCGUUAUCAGGGCCUCAAAAGUUGCGACAAGUAUGACCUCGACGUUUCGAAACAUCAAGUUCGUCCUCAUGGUCGGCAUUGGAGGCGGUGUUCCGUCUGAGGCGAACGAUGUCAGGCUCGGUGACGUUGUAGUCAGUACCCCGACAGGACAGUAUCCCGGCGUUGUUCAGUGGGACUUCGGGAAGACGAAAGACGGCAAAUUUGAAAGGACUGGCUCACUAAACAACCCGCCCACGUUCCUGCUCACUGCCCUCUCCAAGAUGGAAAGCGAUCACGAGAUGGAAGGGUCAAAGAUUCGAGAAAAUCUCGACAUCAUGUUCAAGAAAUGGCCACGGUUGAAGACCAAAUAUGCCAGAUCCGACAAGCUGGAGGAUUUCUUAUUCUCUGCGAGCUACAGCCAUCUUGAUUACCCUUUGAACCCCAGUCCAACUUCAACUACUGGGGAAUUUCAGGAGUCUUUGCCGGGAGGUGCCGACUGCUUGUACUGCGAUCGUUCGAAAGCAAAGAAAAGAGAAGUCGGCGAACCCGUUGUCCACUACGGCCUGAUUGCUUCUGGAAACCAGGUUAUCAAGGAUGCUACCUACCGGGACGCUAUCAAUAAGAAUCUCGACGGCAACGCUCUAUGCAUAGAAAUGGAAGCGGCCGGUCUGCUAGCCGAUUUCCCAUGCCUGGUUAUUCGUGGCAUUUGCGAUUAUGCCGACUCUCAUAAGAACAAGGCCUGGCAGGAGCAUGCAGCUGCUGUCGCUGCCGCCUUAACAAAGGAGCUGCUGGAAAACGUGCCACCAGUGGAGGUUGCCAGUGAGAGAACGGUGCUGGAAAAGCUUUCUCAAGAAUUGCAAGAGAACUUAGCAGGCAGUCAGUUAUUUCCCUCCAAAUAA